UUUCGAUAUUUCAGUGUCGAGAAGAAGUCCAGCCGAGGCAGAAUCCGGGAAGCAAAAGUUUGGCGAGAAAGAAAAGUAUCGGAGGAGAAGAGAAAAAAAAAGUUUGUUCCGUUCGGCUGCGUCCGCAAUGUGUCCCCAUCGGUUCCACCAGUUCUAGGGUUGCGACGCGGAUUGCCCCCGGGAAGGGAAAAGUUUAGCAAACAGGAAGCGCAAAUCGGGGAAAAAGGACCAGAAUCCGGAUUGAUUUCGAUUUCGUCGUCGUCGGUCAGAGGCUGCUGCGAUGGUUGCAAAAUGUGUGUGUUGAUGUGUUGUGGGAAGUGAAUAUCCGAUCCAGCAAAGGGGAGAAAAAGUGCGAAAAAAAAAAUCUGGUGCGAAAAUCUAGUUGGCUUUUCCCGUGGCGGCGGAACAACCACAACCUCCGGAACCAGGUUGAUUGGCUGGCAGCAGUGAGAUGUAAACCGUGAGUGGGUGCUGCUAAAGAGAAGCAACACAAAUAAAAGCAGAAGAAAAGAAAAAAAAAACUUUCAACCAUUUGAGAAGCGACACAGAGUCAAAGAGAGAGACGGGAGCCAUCUGAAAAGGAAAAGAAAAAAAAAUCGUUCUAAAUUUAACACGCGAAAAAUCAAAAACAAGGAAAAAUAGUUUUUGCCAAGAGUGGCACUUUGCGAGAGUGUGUCCUCCCGCUUGCCCCUCGAACCCUCGUAAAGCAAGCAGUCGCAAGUGGCCACCAGCAUCCGGAGAAGGAAGGAAACCGAACCGAAACCAGCUGGUUCCUCUCCAGGUGGUGGCCUCUCCCUCCGGCGCUGAACCAGGAACAACCACGGACGACCCACGGCAGCACUAGGAACCAGCAGCCAGCGGAUAAUGAAGAGGAGAAAUGCCGACUGUGGCAAGAUCCGGCGACCCAUCAAGAGGAACAAAAUAGCAGAACAGAUUGGCAGCAACACCCUGCUGUACGUGAAAUUCCUUUUGCUAUGGGCGUUCGUCAUCACCGCCGACUUCCUGCUCGAGUUCCGGUUCGAGUUUCUGUGGCCGUUCUGGCUGCUGCUCCGCUCAGUCUAUGACUCGUUCAAGUACAAGGGGCUGGCCUUUUCGGUACUGUUUGUGUGCAUCGCCAUCACGUCCGAUCUGGUGUGUCUGUUCUUCAUCCCGGUGCAGUGGCUGUUCUUCGCGGCCAGCACCUACGUCUGGGUGCAGUAUGUGUGGCACACAGAUAAAGGCAUCUGUCUGCCAACCAUCAUUUUGUGGAUUCUGUUCGUCUACCUGGAGGCGGCCAUCCGAUGGAAGGAUAGCCGGAACAUACCACACCUCGAUCUCUGUCGACCCUUUGCGGCGCACUGCAUUGGCUAUCCGGUGGUCACGCUCGGGUUCGGCUUCAAGAGUUACGUCGGCUACCGAAUAAGGCAGCGCAAGCAGCGCGAGGUGGCCAAGGACAACGACUUUUACAUGCAGCUGCUGCAGGAAGCCCUGCCAAAGGACGAAUCCGCGGCGAACGGUGGUGACUCCCAGUCGUCUACAGCUGCUGCUGCUGGCAUGGCGGCUGAUCACGGCCAGCAGGAUCACCAGUUGGCGCCGGCCAAGGAGAUGGUCGUUUCGGUGGCCGUUACGACCACGACGCUGACGACGACGACGACGACCUCGGCGACGGUGAUCCAGCAGAGCAAUACGAACGGCCACCAUCACCACCACAGCAACAACAACCAUCAUAAUAGUAGUAAGAAUGCUCAAAGUCACGUGAAUGGCCACGCCGGAGGUGGUUCCGGAUCGUCAUCUGCGGUGGUGACAGCAACUACCAGCAGCAAUGGUAGCAGCACGAUGAACGGUGGUGUGAAUCACUCGAAACAUACGCACCGGAAGAGUCUGGACAAGGACAGCUCGUCCACGUCCACAAGCGGGAAGGCCAACAACGGCAGCAGUGGCAGCUACUCAUAUCAUCAGCAGCAGCAGCAGACCAGCAACAGUGCAAAGGAAGGCUCACGAUCGUCGACGACGGACAGUUCACACUCGAACGGUGCUGCCAGCUCUCCAAAGGAGAAGAAAGACUGUGACUCGGCUUCAACGGCGUCUUCGUCGUCGUCCCCCACGACACGGUCCCAGUUCGACAGUGUCCCAGCGGCGUCGACGCAAUCCCAAAACAGCAACCAUGACAAGAAGCACCAGCAAAACGGUCACGUGGUCAACUACGAACCAUCAGCCGCGGAGCAUUUGCAGCAGCCGGUAGAAAGCGAUCCCCCGGUGACGGAACCGAAAGCCGCCAGCAAUCGUUCCGGCCGGAAGAAUCGCGUCAAGCAAAAGUCGGACCAGCAGCUGGCAGCGGUUCGCCUGGCCGCCACCCUAGCCCUCGCUUCCUCCAUCACCACCCUGACGACGACAACGGCUGCCGCGACCACCACCACAACGACUGCCGCCAAAGACAAUCACCCGAGUGACGCACCGUCGACGAACAAUACUCAAAACGGAAGCAAUCAGCAGCAGACGGGUCCGCCGCCACCGCCCGUGGUCCAGACGGUGGUGCAGACCGUCAAAGUGUGCGAAACCUGUGCCCGGAUGGAGGCGGACGCGAAGAAGCUGCGCACCGAGCUCGGCCAGCUGCGGCAGAACGAGAACGAGCUGCGCCAAAAGUAUGACUCCAACACCGCCAAUCUCAAGAGUUGUUUGCAGGUCAAACAGAAGGAGCACGACGAGCUGCAGACGAGAUUCCAAGAGCUAACCGCCCAACGCCAGCAGGAGCGCCAAAGCCUCCAAACGGUGGAGCGCCGGCUGGGCGAGGAACGGCGCCACCGGCAGUCGCUCGAGUCGCAGCUCCAGAACGAACGCAAGCACCGCAAGCAGGCCGAGGAGAAGGCGGCCCGGGCCAGCGCCGACUGCGGCGAACAGUGCAAGCUCAAGCGCCAACAGAUGGACCACGAGCUGCGCGAGUUGCGCCGGGAGCUGAUGAGCUCGGAGGAGGCGAAGCACAACGCCGAGAGCGCGAGCCGAAGCAUUGAGCAGGAGAUGCGAAAGUUUGAGGUGCAGCUGCGCAACCGCGAGUCCCAGCAGAGCUCGGAGGUGCUGAUGUCGGCGUUGGCCGCGAUGCAGGACAAGAACGCGACGCUGGAGAAGAACCUGUCGGCGGAGACGAGAGUUAAGCUGGACUUAUUCUCGGCCCUCGGCGAGACGCGCCGCCAGCUGGAGAUUGCAACUUGUUCGCUUCGUACUAGGGAUAAGGAGAUUUUAGACUUGAAGGCGAAGAUGGUUCAAAUUCUGGCGGUGAUGCCGGCGAUGCCAAACGAUUCGCUCUGUCUGACCGGUCCGGGGCCGACGUCUUCGUCGGGCAGCAGUAACGUCGGCGGGUUGCGACUCUCGGACGCGCCCCAGCUGCUGUCGGUGUCGGCUUUAAACGGGGGUGGCGGCGGAGGAGGUCAGCCAAGCCCGAUGUCGCAGCACCUGGUCAUGAACAGUCCGCCGUUGAUCAAUCAAUUAGGCGCACUCGGUGUGCUGACCUCGACGAUCACGACUUCGACCGCGCCGGCCAUGGUGCUUCCGUCGAUGCAGCACCAUCAACAGCAGCAGCAGUCCGGGCUCAUGACCGUCGCCAACGGCCAACUAGUACAAAUGCAGCAGCAGCAGCAAAACUCUGCCAACUGUCCCUCCAACCUGGACCCGAACGCGUCGGUUUACACGCCCAAGAACUGCGCCCAGCAGCAGCAGCAGCCCCAGCAGCAGGUCGGCGGAACCGAGGCCUGACCUGCGGCGGUGAGCUGCUCGUUGGACUUUCAACUUCCAACCAGCGUCGGCAGCAGCGCCACCAACAACAGCAACAGUUUCUCCGGUCUCGAUCUGAUCAGCGGUUCGCUCCGUUUACAGCAGCAGCAGCAGCAGCAGCAACCCUUUCCCUGAAUCCACGCGCCACAACAGAACCAGGGUAAGUCUCCGUCUCCGAUUUGAUCUCAGAAUUUUCACACAAACACACGCGAAAUUGUCUACCAAGAGAUCCGUUUUCCGCGAAGAAAGCAGCCUUCCACGUGACACGCCCAAAAAUUUAACAAUUUAAACUGUUGUUAUUUUACAAAAUAUAAUUUCCCUUUAUUUUUUCCCACACUUUUAUCAAAGCUAAAGAUCCCCAAAUUUCUUUAGUAAACUCUCUAUUUCUCUGAUUGUUUAGAACUUUGAUUCUAUAUUGUGAUUAAAAUGCACUGCAGCAAGCAAAAGUUGGAGCAAACAACAA